AACAUCUGUUUCUUCUUCCUAGGCACCUGUCACCUAUGAUGCCCUGAUGGACAUGGAGUACCUUGACAUGAUGGUGAAUGAAACUCUCAGAUUGUACCCAAUCGCUAACAGACUAGAGAGGGUCUCAAAGAAGGAUGUGGAAAUCAAUGGAGUGUUCAUUCCCAAAGGGACUAUAGUUAUGGUACCAACUUAUCCUCUUCACCGGGACCCUGAGUACUGGCCAGAGCCUGAAGAGUUCCGCCCUGAAAGGUUCAGCAAGGAGAACAAGGGCAGCAUCAAUCCUUAUGUAUACCUGCCCUUCGGGAACGGACCCAGGAACUGCAUUGGCAUGAGGUUUGCCCUCAUCAGCAUGAAACUCGCUGUCAUCAGAGUCCUGCAGAACUUCACCCUCCAGCCUUGUGAGGAAACAGAGAUCCCCCUGAAGUUCAGCAGGCAACCAAUUCUCCAACCAGAAAACCCCAUCAUCCUGAAGAUUGUGUCAAGAGAUAAACCCAUAACUGGAGCGUGAAUUUCCCUCAGGAACCUUGCUAUAUUCUUCAAGGGGGCUGUGUCAUGGAACACCAGCAAAUUUAAUUUACCAUGGAAUGAAACCCAGAUGAAAUGAGCAUAAUGUACUUUCCUUGAUGAUGGAGUAUUCAGUAAUUCAUUGAACAUGCUCAGUGUCUAUACAGAGUAUCAUCUAUUAUGUGAUUCAAAGGAAACAAAGUCAGUAAUAGAUAUGGAGAUUCAUCUUCUGAUUCUCUUGGGAUGAUCUACACUGAUUCCAAUUAGUUCCAUCAAUUCUGAAUUCUAACUGUAGUAAUGGUUUCUCUUUACUUCUACCAAUAAUUUUUAAUAAAAUAGAAACUAUUGUAUUGACUUUUGGUAAAAGUAUAUCAAUUUGUUUCUUUGUAAAAUUUUAUGAUAUUGAGAAUAUAAGUAAAUAUCUCUUUCAAAAAUACAUGGUGUCAUUAUACACAUUAAUGGGGAAAACACUGAACCAAUAAAACAAGAUGAUAAUCCUUUCCAA